AUGAGCCGAUGUGUCUUAAUAGUCCAAAGGGCAUUGACACGUCUGUGGUACCACUCAUAUACACUCUGGCUGUUCGUCUUCAGCGAUUUCAAAACCAUUGUGGUACCAAGUACCAUUUUCGGAAUCACAAACGCCUGGGCCGCGUCAAAAUACGACCUAGAACUUACAGGGGGUCUCUCUCCUCCGCACACCAUCAGCGAUUCUCCGAAGUCGAUUAGAAGAGCUGUCGCAGUACUAUCAUGGCUUCUGAUUAACUUAAUUCCGUUUGCCAUCAACAACCAACGGGGUCAAAGAGCCACUGCCGAGGACGGUUUGAACAAGCCAUGGCGUCCCUUCCCUCGGGGCCGAAUGUCUCACGAGUGGGGAACGCGAGUCAUGAUAAUUUUAUAUAUAUUUGCGCCGAUAUAUAGCCUUGCGUUAGCAGGCGGAGUCCGACAUUCUGUGGCUUUGAUAUGGUUGGGGGUGUGGUACAAUAACUGGGGUGGCGCGGACAAGAACCCGGUCAUUCGGAAUAUUAUCAACGGACUAGGAUAUACCUGUUUCGCAUCGGGGGCAAUGGAAGUGGCACUAGGAGGCUCUUUGCUGCCUCUUCACCCGCUUGGACGGUCGGGACAGUGGCUGCUUGUCAUCAUUUGUAUUAUUUUCUCCACGGUCCAAUUGCAGGAUAUGCCCGAUCAAGGCGGCGAUGCUAAACGCGGUCGGCGAACGGUGCCUCUGGUAUGGGGUGAUACUGCGGCUCGGUGGACUAUCGCAAUACCCAUGCUCUGUUGGGGAAUAUGGUGUCCGAUGUUCUGGGCUGCGUCAUCUUUUUGGUUUACCAUGAGCAUGGCGUUGGCUUCGCUGGUGGCUUUCAGGACGCUGGUGGUUCGUUCUGUUCAAGGUGAUAAGCAGACAUUUCGAGUUUGGAACUGUUGGAUUGCGGUCGUCUAUAUGUUGCCUCUGUUUUCUGAAGGCGAACCUGCUCAGAGAAAUCUUUCGAGUCAUGUUGCGCAAGAAAAGUGGACAUAA